UGGGCACCAGGGGAGGGGAAUGGAGGCAAAACUCCCUCGCUCUGAAGAGCAAGGUGGGGGAAGUUCACAGGGACUCUAAGGCAGGACUAAAGCCAAAGCUGCCCCCAGGGAUCUAGAAUGCUCCCACUGCCUACUAAUUUGUCAACUUAGGUUUUCCAUAUCCUGGCGUAGCCUCCAAAACCCUUCUGGUUUGUAGGUGUUUUUAGAAAAAUACCACAAGGGGUCCCAAGGCUUGCAGAGGCCACCUGUAGCUGAUUUGCCUAAAGGCCACAUGCUGACAAGUGGUGCUUUCUAGGACCACCCAGCUCUGUCUGGCUCUGGGCACACACAUGCAGGGACACAGUCAUUGCUCCUUGUGUCUGCCUCCCCCAGAGAAGUCAGGGAGGAGGAUGUGGAGGAGGCCAGGCCGUUCCUGGCUGAGACCUGAAGGGCACGUGAGAGCUGGCCAGGAGACAGUGGGGUGCGAGCUUCUCUGGCAGAAAUAAAUGUCAUGGGGCACAAAUAAAUAGGAAGGACCAACAGCUCACUGCUACUUGGAGGCUCCCGACAGAGGCCGUCCAUUCCCGCAAGUACAGAGCACCAGAGGAUGCAGACUAGCAGUGAAGAAUCACAAGACCUGUAACAUGAGUGCGGCCCAACCCCCAGCCAAGCUUUGACACAGAACCCCAGGACAAUGAGGACACCACCCUGCCCAUAGCUUCCUGUGCAGCCACCUAAAGUGCCAAAAUGGACCAGCACAUGGCAUUUAUCUGGGGGCUGUGCUACAUGGCCCUGGUGGCUCUCUGCUGGAGACACGGGGUGACAAAGGCAGAAGAAACUGUCCCUCUGAAGACUCUGCAGUGCUACAACGACUAUAUCGAGCGCAUCAUCUGCAGCUGGGCCGACACGGAGGACGCCCAGGGGCUCGUUAACCUGACCCUCUAUCACUGGCUAGACAAGAAACAGCCAAUGUCCUGUGAGCUCAGUGAGGACCUCAUGUGGUCAGAGUGCCCGUCAUCCCACCGCUGUGUGCCUAGAAGAUGUGUCCUCCCCUAUACACAGUUUUCCGUCUCAAAAGAAGACUACUACUCACUCCAGCCGGAUCGUGAUCUGAGUAUCCAUCUCGUGGUUCCGCUGGCCCAGCAUGUGCAGCCACCACCUCCCAAGGACAUCAGCAUCAGCCCCUCUGGGGACCAUUUCCUGCUGAAGUGGAGUGUGCCCCAUGGGGAUGCCCAGGUCUCUCUGCUUUCACAAAAGGACAUACAGUUUGAGGUGGCUUAUAAGCGGCUUCAGGACUCCUGGGAGGAUGCCUCCAGCCUCCACACUAGCAACCUCUGGGUCACUCUUGAGCCAAAGCUCUUCCUACCCAACAGUAUCUAUGUGGCCCGCGUGCGCACUCAGCUAGCCCCAGGUUCGAGCUUGUCCGGAAGACCUAGCAGAUGGAGCCCAGAGGUACACUGGGACUCUCCGACAGGGGACAAGGCCCGGCCACAGAACCUUCAGUGCUUCUUUGAUGGGAUCCAGUCCCUCAACUGCUCCUGGGAGGUGUGGACCAAGGUGACUGACUCUGUUUCCUUUGGGCUCUUCUAUAGCUCCAGUCCCAAAGCUGGGGAGAAGAAAUGCUCUCCAGUGGUGAAGGAGCUGCAGGCCAGCCGCUACACCCGGUACCACUGCAGCCUAAAUGUGUCCGACCCCGCUGCACACAGCCAGUACACCGUCUCUGUUAAGCGGCUGGAACAAGGGAAGUUCAUCGAGAGCUUUAACCACAUCCAGAUGAAUCCUCCAACCCUCAACCUGACCAAGAACAGAGACAGCUACAGCCUGCAUUGGGAGACUCAGAAAAUGUCCUAUCCAUUCAUCCAGCAUGCAUUCCAGGUCCAGUACAAGAAGAAACUGGACAGCUGGGAGGACAGCAAGACAGAGAACCUAAAUCAUGCCCACAGCAUGGACCUGCCACAGCUGGAGCCUGGCACCUCAUACUGCGCCAGGGUGAGGGUCAAGACCAUCCCUGAAUACAAAGGGCUCUGGAGCGAGUGGAGCAAUGAGUGCACCUGGACGACUGACUGGGUGAUGCCCACAUUGUGGAUAGUCCUCAUCCUGGUCUUCCUCAUCCUCACCUUCCUCCUGGCCCUCCGCUUUGGCUGCAUCUAUGGGUGCAAGUUGUACAGAAAAUGGAAGGAGAAAAUCCCCAACCCCAGCAAGAGCCUCCUUUUCCAGGAUGGAGGUAAAGGACUCUGGCCUCCUGGCAGCACGGUGACCUUCUCCAGUAAGAACCCCACUCCCCAGGGGCCACAGAGCAACCUUUUCUCUGAGCUACAGGGGGUGUCAUAUACACAUCUGGAGGACAACGAAGUGUCACCUCUCACCAUAGAGGACCCCAACAUUAUUCGAGAUCCAUCAUCUGGCCCUGAUACAACCCCAGCUGCCUCAUCUGAACCCAUGGAGCAGUCUUCCAAUGUUCAAGUAGACCCACCAACUCUUUCUGGCAGACCCAGGAAGCAAUUACCCAGCUUUGACUUCAAUGGCCCGUACCUGGGGCCUCCCCAAUCCCACUCCCUGCCCGAUCUCCCAGGCCAGCUGGUUUCCCCCCAGGGGGGUGGAAGCCUGAAGCCAGCACUGCCAGGCUCCUUGGAGUACAUGUGUCUGCCCCCUGGAGGGCAAGUGCAACUGGUCCCACUGUCCCAGGUGAUGGGGCAGGGCCGGGAUGUGGAUGUGCAGUGUGGGUCCAGCCUGGAGACCACAGAGAGCCCUUCCAUGGAAUCAAGGGAGAGCCCUCCAGUUGAGCUGAAGGAGGAGGAACAGGAGCCAAGGGACAACCCAGUGACUCUCCCCAUAAGCUCUGGAGGCCCCAAAGACAGUAAGGUGGCCUCUGAGUAUGUCACACCUGCAGAUCUGGUGCUCACUCUGCCCACAGAGCCCUUGUCUACCUCUCUGGGUCCCUCUCUAGAGGUCUCCUCAGCCCAAAGCCCCAGUCUCUGUCUCAAGCUGCCCAGGGUCCCUUCUGAAAGUCCAGCUCUUGCACCAGCAGUGUUUGAAGAUUACGUGGAGCUGCCUCCAAGCAUGAGCCAGCCUGCCAAGUCUCUUCCAGGCAAUCCUGCUCCUCCUGGGCCAAGCAGCCCCGCAGUGAGCCCAGGAGAGCCCAGGGAGGAAGUAGGCGCAGCCCCCACACACCCUGAAGGCCUCCUUGUUCUUCAGCAGGUUGGGGACUACUGCUUCCUCCCUGGCCUGGGACCCAGCCCCCUCUCACCACCCAGUAAGCCACCCUCUCCGGGCCUGUGUCUCGAGACUGAGGACCUAGACAAGGACUUGUCUGUCAAAAAGCUUCCCUACCAACCCAUACCCCAGGUGCCAGCCAUUCAGUUUUUCAAGUCCCUAAAGCAUCAGGACUACCUGUCACUGCCCCCUUGGGACAAUAGCCAGCCUGGGAAGGUGUGCUGAGUCUCCCCCCUCCCAAUCUCACCAGCAGCCCUGCGCCUCAGCCUGUGGACCUCAGCCGGAGCAUCACCACAGAACCCUCACUGAGAUGCACGCUCUUCCUUGCUCUCAGUCCUGACACUCAGCAGUACCCCACAUGUGCUCUCCCUCCUUCCCUGUCCCUCCCUUUCCCCUCCCUCCAUGUCCCCUUCCCCCAUCUCUCUCUGCAGUUUCCUGCCUUCUAUGGGAUCUUCCUCCCUUUCCCUUUGACUUGUUGGAGUGGGGAUGAGGCCUCUGGGGAUGAGCCCUGUGUGGUCUGUUUUGGUUUUAAGAACUGCUAAGGUCGGCUUGUCCACCUCAGGCACCAAUUACACAGCACAGUUCCGGCUCAGAGUAAAAGGUGUGAGCCCCUGGUGGGGUCAGACGGUAAAACUGGCCAGGCUCAUGAACAAGAAAAGACAUGGUCCUCUAUGGUUGUCUGAAACUCCUGGGGAGCCCUGGAAACCUUGUAGAGGGCACUGGGGACCCUCAUUAUAUACAGAAGUCACUGAUGUGGACAAAGCUGGAUACAGCUAUGACCAGGCUGGAGGGACAAGAAGCAAAGGGGUAGGUAAAAGAGCUCAUGGUGUCAACUGCAGACAAGCCAAGUUGUGAAUCCUGGUCAGCACACCCAGAGACUUAGUCUAGAAAUCCCUCCAGGAUGCCUGGAUACCUGUGCUCCCACUGACCUCAGAUGAGGGCCUGCUGUGGGACUGUGGUCCUUGGAAAUCACUACCCUCUUGACGACCCAGGCACAACGGCAUUACGUCAUUCUGUUCUCAUUCAUAUUGUUUGCUCAUGGUCAAGUUUGCCCAUGGCUUUGGUAGGUGUCUUGAGCAUUGGCUUGUUUGGGGAAUGGGGGGAGCGUUGGGAGCAGAGUCCAUGAACAAUUUUGUCCCUCAGACUGUCUUCAUUUUUGGAUGAGAGUGAAUAACUCUUUCCACAUGGCCCUUUGUGAGGCACACGUCUCCCCUGAAUGUGCUAAUUUUGUGCAGGAGGCACAAAGGCUCCCUGCAUUGCUGUGAGAUGGAUCGCUGAGCCCCACCUCUCUUUGGGGUUGUAUUUGCAGCGGCCUUUGCUGCAAAUGUACGUAUGCUUCUGUUUGUGUGCUUCAUGUUGAUUUUAACCCAAAGCAGGCAGCAAAGAAGACCACCAACAUCUUGAAUGUGUUUCCGUGGCAACGUUCAACAACCGCCUAUCAAUGCUUUCUAAAGUGACCACUCUAAAGAAACAGACAGGAGUGGCCUCUGGCUUAAAAAUGUGAAGUCCAAAAUGUCUUGCAUUAUGAGGGAACAUUGUAAUAAAACGUUUACAUACAAUAAAACAUAACAAGAACAAG